CUACUACUACUACUACUACUACUUGGAAAUGGCUGGAUGGUCAUGGCUGUGACGCCUUUGACUUAUAUGUUUGUUCAAUCAGAGCUGGCCUGCUGGGGUCAAAACGACGACAACAGUUAAGUACCACUGUAGCUAAUGAAGAGGUCGUUGAAAAUGCUAGAAAUGGCAGCUAAGUUACUCUCUCAAAUUACACCCACUGACAAAAACAACAAAAAAAGACACAUUGCUUUAUGUGGUUUUUACAUACACUAUGACUGAAAAAUGACAGGGUGAUGGUCAUGGUCGGAAUGCCUUUGAUUAUGGGCCUUCUCGAUCAAAGAUAACCUGACGCUAAGCUCUAUCAACAACAACUACUACUACUACUACUACUACUACUACUACUAGCAUCGUCAGCUAACUUAAUACCAAUAUUUACUAUCCCCACCAGCGACAUACUACUAGUUCACCGCUCCCACUACCAAUUCCCUCACCGUUGUGACUACUACUCAAUGAAUGCUACGACCACUUUUGCUGCUACCAUUACCAACACCACAACACUGACUACGAUUUCACAAUUACCACCGUUACUACCUCCGCACUUCCCAUUCCUCUAACAACCACCGCCCUCCACUCCCUCACUAUCACAACUAUAUACGCCGCCGCCAACAUGAUAACGCUUUACUACCAUCACUUCCACCACCACCAACACCGAUACCAACAAUGCAGCUGCCGCCUCCACCAUCUAACUAAUCAUUACCGGUACCGUAACUAUAACCACCACCACCGCUACCAUCAUACCAGUUCACUACUGCCACAAUCGCCACCAGCACCAGCAGAGCAACCUUCAGCACCUCCUCCAUCUCUAAAGCAAAGUGCAAAAUAUGUGUCGGAACCUUCACGAAGGAGCAAAUGAACGAACUAAUGAAUGAAUGAAAGCAUUAAUGAAUAAGAGAAAGCAAGAAGAACGGAGAGAAAGAAAGAAAGAAAGAAAAGAAGGAAGAAAGGAAGGACUAGAGGAAAAAACUGUUUGAAAACAUGUCUGCUCAAGUGAAAAUCAGGAGAAGACCAGUAACAACAACAACAUCAGGAACAAGUUGACAAAUAAUUUACUGGAAGUACAUCAUGUUCAGAAAUUUGAUACCACCCUGGAGCUAGUAUUUUGUAGAUGGUGGCUGUCUUUUGUGAUGCAGUUGAAAAUGGCUGCCUGCAGCUUUUGCAAAUGAUCUGUCGCAACCAGACAAGAGACUUAUACUGGUUUGAGUGGAAACUACAUGCCUUCAUGAAAGAUUCCUAAUUUUUAGUUUCAUUCUUCUUUUUUUGUUUGAAAAUGAUUUCUUGAUUUGUUUGAAAAUGUGAGCCUCUCACCCCCUAACUGCCCAUGUCUCAAUCUUUUGCUGUUUGUGAUUGUGUAAAAAAGAAAGGAAUUCAUGUGUAAAUCCUAUUAUUUCCUACUUGUAGCCACAAUUAUUGUGAUGGUUCAGUGUCUGUAAGCACCAUAACCAUAGAAAUUCAGUUGGUCUGACAACUAAAUUUGAUAUUUGUUGUCAAUAUAUUUUAUUUAUUGACUCAUUAAUAUUUUCAAUCUUUUAUUUACAAAAAUAUUUUGUUUAUUAAAAAUUUUUUUUUUGUGUCUGUGCAGAAGUACUAAAUUAGUAUGAGAGAAGAGGAAUUAUAAACUCCUGAAUGAAUAGUUAGCAAACUCACAAUCAGAAAAGCAAAAAUGGAAAGUUACUGAUUCCCAUCCACUACCAGCACCACUACCUAUCAUUUAAUUUCUUAAUUUCAGAUUUAAGUGUACUUGUGUCAUUGUUGUCCUACCAUCCAAUGGUUUACUGCUGAUCUAUUUGUGUUGUCUUUAUACAUUUCAUUAUACCUAUUUUGUUUCCUUUUUAUAUUUUAUCUGUUCUGUCUCCUGUUCCCCAUCUGACACUGAAUGAAGACAUCAUGUAUUCCAUGGAACGGUUGUUUGUGUGUGACAUCUGUCACCAGGUCUUUCAACGGAGUUCUAUUCUAGAUAAUCACAUGCGAGCUCAUGACGGAGAGAAACCAUACAAUGACUGUUCUUCCACUUACCAAGAGCUGCAAGCUGAUGCAACCAUUGACACUGUUGCUCAAAUCCAUGCAGCCGAACAAGAGAGUACAGAGAAUAUGCUGACUAACAUUGUUGGGGAAGAAAGUGAUCUUGCUGACCCUAACUCACCAACUGUAUCUCUACCAGACUUUGCUCCCCCAUCUCCUACAACUCAGAUUGUUACUAAUGACAAAGACCAAAUGUUCCUCACUGACCUGACAGACAUUGGUGAUUGUGAAUCUAUUAACCAGCUAUACACUUGUAAGAUUUGCAUGGAGAUUUUUACCCAUCCAGUUUUACUUAGGCAACAUUCGGAAAUAGUUCAUCCAAAGGAAUAUGGGAAAGCAAAGAUGUUUGUGUGUGAUAUCUGCCAGAAAGCUUUCCCGGAUAACUCUCAGUUAAAAAGACAUGUACGUAUCCAUUCAGAGGAGAGACCAUUUGUUUGUAUCAUAUGUUCAAAAGGUUUUCGCACCACUGCUCAUUUGAAACGCCAUUCCUGGAUGCACACAAAUCAACGACCUUAUGCCUGCAAAAUCUGUGGGAAAUCAUUUUCUGAUAAUUCACACCUAAAACGUCAUAGCUGGUCCCAUAGUGAAAAUAAACCAUUUCCAUGUGAACUUUGUUCGAAACAGUUUACGGACCGGUCACAUUUAAAGCGGCAUCUUCAAAUACAUUUGAACGAUCGACCAUUUACUUGUGAUAAGUGUCCGAAAACUUUCUCUGACAUUUCUCACUUGAGAAGACAUACUAAGGGCCACAUCACAGAGAAAAUCUUCCAGUGCCCUGUAUGUUCAAAAACUUUUAUGGAUCAAUCAUAUCUAAACAGACAUGCACGAACACAUGUCAUCAAAAAGAGUUUUGACUGCUUGGAAUGUGGCAAGAACUUUUCUGAUCGGUCCCAUCUCAAACGCCAUGCUGUUAUGCAUUCUGACAAUAAACCCUUCCAAUGUAGCAUGUGUCCUAAAUCUUUUGUGGACAGUUAUCAUUUGAGGAGGCAUAGCAAGACACACUCAGAAGUCAAACCAUAUUCUUGCUAUGUAUGUGGCAAGUGUUUUGUUGACAACUCUCACUUGAAGCGACAUGCUAGGACACAUUCCAGUGAAAGACCCUUUAAAUGUGAAACAUGUAACAAAGGCUUCUUAGAUAGGUCUCAUCUUAAACGACAUGCACAAACCCAUUCAGAUAACCGGAAGCCUUUUGGCUGUGAUAUCUGCGGCAAGUACUUUUCUGAUAUGUCUCAUGUCAAAAGACACCGCAAAACCCAUUAUGAUGAACGCCCUUAUCCAUGCCAUGAAUGUGACAAAUCCUUUAUGACUUCAUCACACUUGAAACGCCACCUGCUUUGCCAUUCAGAAAAUAAACCUUAUCCUUGUGAUCAAUGUGACAAAACAUUCUCUGACAGUUCCCAUUUAAAGCGUCACUCUCAGACACACUCCAUUGAGCAGCCGCCCAGCUGUGGAAUCUGCAAUAAGACUUUUUCAAGCAAUUCCAUUCUGAAGCGACACAUGCAAGUGCACACUAAUCAAAUUCUUCUGAAUGUAGGUUAUUUACUUGCUACAGAUAUAGUGUAAAAUGUUCAGUGUUGCACUUGAUGGUACUGCAUUUCCUCUUGUUACUAACAAAUUCACACAAACAUGUACAUCCAGUCUGCUUACACAGACUGAUAUACACCCCAUCUACCUACACAAGCAUACACCUGCUAUAUUUAUAUUGUGUGUUGAUGAAUACACACACACACACACACACACACACAUGCGCAUAUGUACCUGUUUCACACACACAUAUAAUACGUACACACAUGCAUGUACAUGUCAUAUAUAUAAGCACAACACAGUGUAAAUAGGAACUGAAAUAGAUUUAUAUAUAUAUUACAAAGUCCCACAGUGGGUGAAACAAGAAUGUAAUAGAAAGGGAUGGAUGUGCUUACAUUGAUAUUUCACCUCUAUGGAGGCAGUGUUUUGUGCAAUGGAUAUAAAUACAGGUGGGGGAGGGGAGAAGUCUUACAAAACCGCUUGAAUAUAAUUAAACGCUGGUUUGAGGUGAUCUUUUGAUUAACAGAUUUUAAACCUUUUGCUUCUGUCUCUCUAUUGUAGCCAGAGUAUAGAGUCGAUGGAUGCUCUAUGCUUGCUGCUUUUGUUGGUUCCCGCUCUGCUGAAUGUUCUGCUGGUUUCUGUAAAAAGCCUCGAUUAUUUUACUGAAACCAUUAAAAAAGUUUUUUUCUUUCAGUUUUUACAAAGAUGAUAUAUAUAGAUAUUAAUUAAAACUGGCUGGUAUCGGUUUGUUUAUGUCCCUGUAACUAAGCAGUUUGGCAAUAGAAAGUGAUAGAAUAAGUACCAGACAUGACAAUAAGUACUGGAAUUAAUUUGUAUGACUAAACCCUUCAAGGUGGUUACCUCAGAGUGGCUGCAGUCCAAUAACUGAAAUGAGUAAAAGGUAGAUGCAUACAUAUAUACUUACACACACAUAUAAAUGCACAUGCACAUAAAUGCACACACACAUUAACACACACUCAUACACAUAUAUCAACAUACACAUAUAUACACACACAUAUAAAUACAUGUAUACAUAUAUGUAUAACACACACACAUAUAAUUUAAUGAAGAUGAUAAAUUGAUUUACAUUUUAAUUAAAAAGAAUAAAAUGCUAUUGCAUUUUGUGCAACAACAACAAUGAUUUAGUCAUAAAAUUUUUUGUGGAGUAGAAGUUAAUCAAUUCCUUUGACCCAAGUACUUGACUGGUACUUUAUUUUAUUGAUCUGCAGUGGGUGGGAUGAGGGGUGGUGGUGGAGGUGAAAGACGAAGCUGAGCUCAGUAGGAUUUAAACCCAGAACAAAAAGAGCUGGAGAAACUACUGCAAAGCAUUUAUCUGAUGCUCUAAUGAUCCUCACAAUUCAAUAAUAAUAAUAAUAAUAAUUAUGAUAAUAAUAUUCACAUCCACCUCAGUAAGCAACCGAUUGAUCAUCACAAACUCUACCACAACAAUAAAACUUCAAAUAAGCCUACAAGGGAAUGUCUAUGUGAAGGUUUGAACUGCUAAUAAUAGCAGCUAACUGUUCCUCAAGUCUCACUUUUCUGUCUUAAGUAGGUAGGAGAAGGAUUCAGUAGAUAAUGUUGUACCAUAUAAACAGGUUAUCGAGAAUGCCUAUGAUUAAGGCAGCAUUUGGGCUAUGACUACAACAACAACAACAACAACAGCAGAAGGAGCAACAACAGUGAGACAUUGUAAAACAAAAAAACCAAAACCAAACAGCAACAAUAAUUUUACCCCCAAAACGUCUGUUGACCAUUAGGGAUAACAGCAAUAAAGUGUCGGCUAUAAAUGAUUACUCUCAUCUCUACUACUACUACUACUACUACUACUACUACUACUGUUGUUGCAACACAAAAGAAAACAACCUGAAACAUAAUCAUGCCAACACAAUUACCAUCACCAUCACUCAUCACAGCACAUAAUCACAUCAAACAUCACUAUGAACAAUAACAUUUCCAUCACAAACAUAAACACAUCACACCACCAUUAACAACAACACCACCACCACCAUCAAGAAGCCAACUAUUAUCUCAGCCACCACCACCACCACCACCACUACCACCACCACCAACAACAUCAAGAAGCCAACUACCAUCAAAAAGCUAAUUAUUAUUACCACCACCACCACCACCACCACCACCACGAUCACUAUUACCAUCAUUAACACCAUCACCUCCAUUAUCACAAACAUAAUCAUGCCAAACAUCACUAUCAUCAACACCCAUCAAUGACAGUACCACUCCACUACUUUCACCACUACCAUUAUUAUCACCAAACCUCUACCACUAUCAACAACAGUAUGAUACCAGUGAUUAACACAUUAACAACCAUGACAACAACAGCAACACCAAAAUCCCACUUUCUCUACCCCAGGAAUCAUAUCCUCUUUGUACACAUGGUCAUUCAACCUGCUAGAAAUAGCAACACAAUAUUCACCAUAUGACAUAAUAUAUUAAAAGAGAUACACUGCAUAAUGUAAUCCAAGGUACACUACUAAAAUUGAAACAAAACUGGAUGGUUAUGGCUGGGAUGGAUUUGGUCAAUAGACCUGCUUGAUCAAGACAGGCCUUGGGCUAAAUAACAAAACUGUCAGCUCAAUGGUAACAAUGCUAACAACAAUUACAUCCCUGUGAAGGAAUCUCUGUAUAAUCACUUUACUUUGCUAGAAAUAGCAGCCAAAUCUUUGUUUUAAAAAAAUGAUGAAUGAUAUCUCAGCCUACAUGUUUUUGAUAAGUCUAUUCAAUCAGGGCUGAGCUGGAGCUCAACAAACACAUCAUUGACUGUCAUCGUCACCAGUACCUUCAAUUGCGCAUCCCUACAUAAAAAGACUACAACAAAAUACAAACCAAACAGGGACUAUAUACUACAAAUUGACUCAUGAUACAACAACAACAAAAAAAAUGGAAAAAAAAUAAUAAAGAAGUCAGUUCCAAGAUACAUUAAUAAACUCCAUGCUGAGUUAGCUGUGACAGUGACUGCACAUUUGUGUAAACCUGCUUCCUAAACUAUUAUUAUUAUUAUUAUUAUUAUUAUUAUUAUCAAUAAUUUUUUUGAAAAAGUUUUUUUUUUCCUGAAAUUAUGAAAUGUCAUCAAAGCAAAAUGAAAUUGCGUUAUUUUC